AUGUGCAAUAAUACGAGGUUAUUAGCUGAGGGAGUUAGUGAAUUGGUUAUAAAGCAAUAUGAUUCAUUGAAAAUAAGUAAUAAGCCAAGUAUUAAAUCAAAUGGGAUCAAGGAAUGGACUGUUUUGGCUGGUAUUGUUGCCAUUGACGAAAACACAAAUGAAUUGCGUUUAAUAUCUGUAGCUACAGGUGUGAAAGCUCUUCCUAAUGAAGAACUGGAACGCAGCCAUGGAAGAAUGCUACAUGAUUCUCAUGCAGAGAUCUUGGCUUUGAGGGCGUUUAAUGUAGUGCUUUUGAAGCAAAUGGCAUUGUUGGCUGCCAAUCCGACGGAGACAUGCGAUUUAGUUGAACGGUGUAACACAACGCACCCUUAUAGGAUGCGAAAGCGGUGGAAAAUAGCAUUAUACAUAUCAAGACCACCCUGCGGUGAUUGUAGUAUGGAUAUUUUGGGAGAAGAUGAUACGAAUUACAUGCAAUUCUCAUUUGAUGAUUGUUGCCAAUACAUAAACCCAGGGAUAAGAACUACUCUUAGAGGUCGUUUUAAUUAUGACUGCAAAGGUGUCACUAGGACUAAACCAGGACGUCCUGAUUCUAAAAUUACUUUAUCGAAAUCUUGUUCCGAUAAGUUAGCAUCAAAGCAGGUCAUAUCUAUACUCAAUAGUACGAACUGGAAGCUACUAGAAACCCCUGUAUUUUUAAGUUAUCUUGUGCUACCACAACAUCACAGGGAAAAGGCUUCUGAUGGAUGUUUGAGGAACUUUCACUAUAGAUUAUUGGGGUUAAAUGAAGUGCAUAGUAUUGAAAUGAUAUUUUGUUCGAAGAAGUUUAAUGGUGAUAAAGAGGAGGAAAGCCAAACACCAUGUCCAAUAUCUGGAGUAUAUAUCAAUAUUAAACCAAUGGAGAUGGAUAUUGAAGAGGGUAUCCUUAAUGGAGUGCUGAAUGGCUUUUAUGUGAAAGCAACUAGACCUUUGAGAAAGAAUUGUGAAUCGAUUUUGAGUCGAUCCUCCUUCUGGACGCUAUUUACACAGCUUGGAUAUUAUGUGAACUCGAACAGCUAUCUAGACUUCAAGAGCAAGCAAACUUCCAGGAAUCAACUAAAAGAACAAGUACGCUUACACCUCUCAUCCGAUGGUUGGAUUCCUACGUCAGCCGACGACUGCUUCUGA